AUGCAUACCUCUCUGCAAGUCAUAGUGACCCUGCUCAACCUCGUUCCUCUCAUCGCUGCGAUUCCGUCUUUCAUCGGGCACACUCGCAGCGACAACUUCACUAGGCUGCCACCGAGCGUAUCCACUUAUCAGCAAGAGCUCGGGCCCCGCUUGUCCAAGAAUGCUACGCUUUACUUUCCGAAUAGUUCCGGCUACAUAAACGACACGGAAAGGUGGGCUGCGAAUACGAAAUCAAACUUCUCCGUCGUUGUUGUACCGGGGACAGCUCAAGAUGUAGGGGCAACGGUCAGUUUCGCGGACACCUACAAUGUACCUUUCCUUGCGGUCAAUAAAGGUCACGGUGGUGCGGCUGGAUUGGCGACGGUCUACAACGGCAUUCAGAUUUACGUCCGCGCUCUAGAUGACAUUGAGGUUUCAGAGGACGGUAAUUCUGCCUCGAUGGGUGGUGGCGUUUAUCAGGAUCAGCUCGUCAAUUAUCUUUUUGAUCGCGGCAAAGCUGCAUGUUCGUAA